CUAAGGGACCUGAGGAUGGUGUCCCCAUGUCCCCAUGGCCACACUGAUGUCCCCGUGUCCCCUUCGUGGUGUCCCCAGAGCCUUCUGGUGCUGCUGGACCUGCUGGGUGCACAGAACCCUGCCAUCCACAGCCACUUCCCCCAAACCCACCACUGGUUCCUGCGCCUCGUGGCCAUCGAGAAGCGUCUGCGGCGCCUGGGGCUGCUCCACGCCUCCCCCCACGACCAGCCCUUCUUCAGGCUCAGCCCGGCCCCGGGGCCAGUGGAGGACGACCACAUCCCCUUCCUGCAGCGUGGUGUCCCCGUGCUGCACCUCAUCCCCCUGCCCUUCCCGUGGGUCUGGCACACGACCGAAGACAACGAGGACAACCUUCACCCACCCACCAUGGAGGACCUCUGCAAGAUCCUCACUGCCUUCGUGGCCGAAUUCCUGCAGCUCUGAGCCCCCCGUGUCACAUUUUGCCACCCGUGUCACCCCCAGUCUGAGCCAGCCGGGGUGCUGGGACGACCCCCGGUUGUGCUGGGAGCCACCAAUAAAGUCUGUGUGGGUCCGA